CACUACUCCUUGGCCCCUGCGCGGUGCGCCCUGUUUGUUUUUAUUUUCUCGACUAUCCGUGUUUUUAUCCGCUGUGAUUUGAUUUAAUUCUUACGAUCGAUACGCUGUUAACUUCCUAAUCCACGUGAACAUCAAUUACAUUUACAUUUGUGUGCCGUGAUCUCAAUGAUAUUCUAGUAACUACACUGCGCGUAUGCACAAGAUAUAAAACCUAAAACGACUUUCCCCGCAACUACUUGUAACAAAUGGCUACGACUACUUUGCCUUCCGGUGAACCCGUACCCGAGGACACAUCACUCUAUCCGAUCGCCGUGCUAAUUGAUGAAUUGAAAAAUGAAGAUGUGCAGUUGCGUCUCAACUCUAUUAAGAAACUAUCUACUAUUGCAUUAGCACUGGGUGUAGAACGUACUCGAGUGGAGCUGAUUCCGUUUUUGACUGAAACCAUAUAUGACGAAGAUGAAGUUUUGUUGGCUUUGGCUGAACAGUUAGGCAAUUUUACAAUAUAUGUAGGAGGACCAGAUUUUGCUUAUACUCUAUUGCCACCAUUAGAAUCUUUAGCUACAGUCGAGGAAACAGUUGUUCGAGAUAAAGCGGUAGAAUCGUUGCGUCAGAUAGCUGUCUUGCAUACACCAGCAGACUUAGAAAACCAUUUUGUCGGUCUUGUUAUUCGUUUAGCUUCCGGUGACUGGUUUACUUCACGUACAUCAGCAUGUGGCUUAUUUUCGGUGUGCUAUGCGCGAGUAAAUCCUAUGAUCAAAUCUGAACUACGUAAUUACUUCCGCAAUUUGUGUCAAGAUGAUACUCCUAUGGUGAGGAGAGCGGCUGCAGGAAAAUUAGGAGAAUUUGCAAAGGUUGUGGAAUUGGAUUCUUUAAAAAAUGAUCUUAUUCCUAUGUUUUCAUCUCUUGCUCAAGAUGAACAGGAUUCAGUUCGACUUUUAGCGAUUGAAGCUUGUGUCAGUAUAGCCUCUUUACUUACACACGAAGAUGUUAACGACUUAGUUAUGCCUACUUUACGGUUGUGUACUUCAGAUAGUUCUUGGAGAGUUCGUUAUAUGGUUGCUGAUAAAUUCACAGAGUUGCAAAAGGCCGUGGGUCCUGAAAUCACACGCAUUGAUUUGGUACCAACUUUCCAAUCAUUACUACGUGAUACCGAGGCUGAAGUCAGAGCAGCUGCUGCCAAUAAAGUGUGCGAUUUUUGUCGUAAUUUAUGUCCUUCGAUUGCAACUGCUGCAUUGCAAAACGAUCCAAAUGCUGCCCAAACAUCUAAUGCGGUCGAUUCCAUUAUAAUGACGUCUAUUUUACCUGUUGUUAAAGGCCUAGUGGCUGAUACUAACCAACAUGUUAAAUCGGCUUUAGCCUCAGUUAUUAUGGGAUUGUCUCCCAUUCUCGGCAAACAAAGAACAUUAGACCAUCUCUUACCACUAUUUUUGACUCAAUUGAAAGAUGAAUGCCCUGAAGUGCGUUUGAAUAUUAUAUCUAAUUUGGACUGUGUUAACGAAGUUAUUGGAAUUCAAAGACUAUCCGAAACAUUAUUGCCAGCAAUUGUAGAACUUGCUGAGGAUCCCAAAUGGAGAGUACGUUUAGCUAUUAUCGAAUAUAUGCCUCUGUUAGCAAGCCAACUAGGUGUUCAGUUCUUUGACGACAAGCUUAACAGUCUGUGUAUGACGUGGCUUAUUGAUCACGUUUACGCUAUAAGAGAAGCUGCUACAUUAAACCUAAAGAAAUUGGUUGAAAAAUUUGGAGCUGAAUGGGCUCAGACAUCGGUUAUACCAAAAGUCAUAGUAAUGGCUAGAGAUCCUAAUUAUUUGCAUAGAAUGACAUUCUUAUUCUGCAUUAACGAACUCGCUGAAGUAUGUGGUCCAGAAAUAACAGCUAAGACAAUGUUACCAACUGUAUUGUCAAUGGCAAGUGAUAGCGUUGCUAAUGUACGUUUUAAUGUUGCCAAAACUCUUCAAAAGAUUGGGCCAAUUGUAGCACAAUCUGCUGCUGUAAAAUCACAAAUAAAACCAGUUCUAGACAAGCUGAAUACAGAUACAGACGUCGAUGUGAAAUAUUUUGCAGCUGAAGCCAUGUCAAUAAUAGCGUGCAACUAAUAUUAUUUUAUUAUUGUUUUAUAUGUAUCACCCUAUCCGGCGCCCAAAUUAAUUAUUAUUACAUUGUUACUACAGCUUGUGCAUUUCCCCCCUCACUUUACACACAUGAUUUUUAUAUAUAUAUAAAAGUAAUACAAAAAUAUUAUUAUUAUAAUUUUUGUAGAUUAUUCAUUUAAAAACAAACAGUAUGAUAUUUAAUAAAUAAUUUUUAAUUGAAUAAUCGAUAAUAGUAUGGAUAAAGUAGAAAAUGAAAUGUAAUUGAUAUUAUAAUGUUUUAAAUUAAUAAUGAAAAUAUUUUAUACAAUA